AUGCUUUUCGGGCGGAAAUUAGUUAAUAAUUUUUAUAAAUACAAGAGAAAAGCGUUUCAAAGUGUGUGUCUCAAAAUUACACGAUCUAUUUCAACCCGCGAACCUUCCAGAAUACUGUUUUUCGGUACCGACAACUUUUCGCUGCCCAGUCUUCAGGCCCUUCAUAAAAAUUGCAGUCACAACUUGGGCGUGGUUACAUCCUUCAAGAGUCCCGCCAACUGUGUGAGAACCUAUGCAGAGCGGGAGAAACUCCCCUUGCAGCGGUGGCCUAUUACAGAGGACCAAUGCACGGACUACGACCUGGGUGUUGUGGUCUCUUUUGGUCACAUGAUUCCAGCUCAGAUUAUUAAUGCCUUUCCCCGGGGAAUGAUCAACGUGCAUGCCAGCCUGCUGCCUCUCUGGAGAGGAGCUGCACCCAUCAUCUAUGCAAUUAUGAAGGGCGAUGCGAGAACAGGUGUAUCAAUUAUGAAAAUUGAGCCACAUCAUUUUGAUAUUGGUGCUGUCCUGGCUCAGCGUGAAGUACCUAUUCGAAGGGACAUCUACAUGCCAGAGCUGCAUGCCUCCUUGUCUCUGUUGGGAGCCGAUUUGCUGGUCGAUACUGUAAACAACCUAUCCGACAGGCUUAAAAAUGCCAAGCCACAGGAAAAUGCAACUGCCAGCUAUGCUCCAAAGAUCACAUCCAAAAUUACAGAGAUUCUGUGGACAGAACUAAGCGCCGACGAGCUGUAUGCCAGGCAUCGAGCUCUGUAUGGCUACAAAAAUCUUACAACAAGCUUUCUGGAUAAGCAAAUACAACUCCUGGAGCUCCGGUUGCCUGAGAAGCACCUGACGGUGCAGGAACCAGGCCAUUUCAGCUACCAACGCUCGCGGAAGUCCCUCCUGAUAGGUUGUGCCCAGGGCACACAGCUAGAAGUGCUGCAGGUGCGCGUGGAAGGACGCAAACCAAUGAGUGCCCAGGAUUUCAGCAAUGGAUUUCUGCGGCAAGCGAGAUCGUUGCAAUUUACACACAAUAAACAAGUUGCCUGUUGAUAACAAAGUAGGUUUUAAUGCACAAUGUGACC